AUGGCCAACACGACCUUUAAGCUGACGAAUCGCUCACCCAAGCAGCCCAUCAAGAGGCUUCCCGCAACCCUUGAGCUGCCGGCCAAUGCUACUGUCGACGAUCUCAAGGUCCUGAUCGCUAAGGAGGCUAAGAUUAGUGACUUUAAUCGUAUUGGUAUCUACGAUCCGACAACAAAAAAGACGCUGAAGAACCGCAAGGCACUACUCUCCGAUGAGCCCAAUGUGUCUGCUGCCAAGGAGGUUCUCGUCAAAGAUCUUGGUCCCCAAAUUGCUUGGAGAACGGUCUUUGUCAUCGAGUACUUUGGACCCAUCGUGUUCCACGCCCUCGUUGUCGCCGCCCGACCUUACAUCUACAAGAAUGGUGAUGGCGACAUGUCAACGGCGCAAUGGCUCGCCUUUGGCAUGAUUGUAGCCCACUUCAUCAAGCGGGAGAUUGAGACGCUGUUCGUCCACAAGUUUUCCGCCAAUACCAUGCCCGUUUUCAACGUCUUCAAGAAUAGCUUCUUCUACUGGGCGAUAUCCGGUCUUCUGUGCGCUGUGUCUAUAUACAGUCCCAGCUCUCUGGCCGCUCGCGCCAACCAGCCUCUAUUUGACCUCGUCGGACUUGCGCUCUAUCUCUUUGGCGAAACUGGCAACGCACUGGUCCAUCUCUAUCUCUCUUCUCUUCGAUCUUCUGGCGGCACUGAGCGCAAGAUCCCCUCCGGUUAUGGGUUUGCCAUUGUCACUUGCCCCAAUUACAUGUACGAAGUUUUGUCAUGGGUUGGUAUCAUUAUCGCCAGCCGUGACUGGACGGUGGCGCUCUUUAUCGCCCUUGGUGCUGCACAGAUGUUCACCUGGGCCAAGGGUAAAGAGAGGGCAUAUCGCAAGGAAUUCGGUGACAAGUACAAGAAGAAGCGUUUCGUUAUGCUUCCAGGACUGUUGUAA